GAUAACCAGUGAGAUUACGCCACUUCAAUUUGGGUUGCUCGAAUCGCUCAGCCUGUAGGGCAGCUGAGGAAGUCCUUUCAAGCUUCCCAUUACACACUGCACAUUCUCUUGUCCAAUCGUUUUUCUUGUUCUUUUUCCAGCAAACAGGAUCGUCCUCGUAAAAACAUAAUCUUGACCUUGACGGCAUCGUCUUUCCACCGCACUACUGUCUCAUCCCCCACAUCGCCAUCAAUACGCCCGUUCUUUCGAUUCCAACUCAUCCACGAAACCAGGACUCAGCUCUGACUGGCAGACAUCCAACAACCUAGAGUAGCAUGCCCAUCCCUGUAGAAACGUGGUACUACGAUGUGCCAUUGGUGACCAGGCUCUAUGCCACAGGAGCAGCCUUGGUAGCCCUGGCCGUGCAAACGGGGUUCACCAAUGCGUUUCAAUUAUACUUUGACUACAGGCUGGUCUUUUUCGAACAUCAGUUCUGGAGGCCGAUCACGACAUUCCUCUACUUUGGACCUCUUGGACUGGACUUUGUAUUCCAUAUGUUUUUCUUAGUACGAUAUAGUCGGAUGCUAGAAGAAGGGUCGUUUUAUGGGCGCACAAUGGAUUAUGCAUGGAUGUUGUUCCUGUCUGCAUUAUCACUUUUGUGUCUGUCGCCAUUCGUAUCCAUGCCAUUCCUGGGAUCUCCUCUAGCAUUCACGCUGGUCUAUAUCUGGUCCCGUCGUAAUCCGUCGAUCCCACUCAAUUUUCUCGGCCUCUUUGUCUUCACGGCACCAUAUCUGCCCUGGGUGUUGCUUGGGUUCACGCUCUUGCUGAAUAGCCACUUUCCCACGGGCGAUCUGAUGGGGAUUGCUGUGGGACAUAUCUAUUACUUUUUCGAGGACGUCUGGCCAAAGGAGCAGGCUUCAGGAGGCAGGCGUUAUCUCCAGACUCCUUCGUUUUUGAUGCGACGACCUCAAGACGUCCACAUCCCUGCAGAGAUUCCAGAGGAACAAUAUUCAGAGCAGACAGCAGCAGCAGCAGCAGGAGCAGGAGUAGCAGCUGAAGGACUGGGAGCAGAUGGUCAUAGUCAUCAUAACGCAGAUCGAUAUACUGGUGACGAACAUUCGACUUCGACACCUGCAGUGGCAACACCCUCUUCUGGGACGACAAGUGCAUUGGAGGAUAGUGCGCGUUUGGAAGCACGGAGCAGAAGGGUUGUCUCGACCGAGGAGCAGACGCAGCCGAUCUCGUAGAUGUCGCCUUGAUCGCACAGACAAAAUACACGCACGCAUACACAAAAUAACCAAAGCUGGCCUUGCAGAAAAUAAAAAAACCCCCCCA